AUGCUGCGGUGGUCGGUCCUGAGCGUGCUGCUGCUGGUCGCCGCCCCGGAUGUCUCGAAGGAGGCCAUCCGAAAGCUUGCACGCGAGUUGUCUCCCGACGUGCCCGUGGAAUGGCAAGGCCGACUGGAGUCUGUCCUGCUCUACCACUUCCGGAGCAAGCACUUCCUUGAUGUCCAGGCAUCCUUGCCUGGAGAGCUGGACUGGUCCUCGCAACCAUCGCCGUGGCGAAGCUAUGAUGGUGCGCCCAGUGUCCGGUUGCCAUGCAGCCUGGCUCCUUUGGAGGCGGCCUUGCGUCCUGUGCCGCUCUCCAGAGAGAGCCUCGGUGCCUUCCUGCGGCUGGGCGCGGGCCUCUCUGCCUGGAAGAGCUAUGACGGGCUGCACAUGCCGCGUGGGCUUUGCGUGUGA